UCUCCCACGCCACGAACCCAUCUCCCCUCUCCUUUCUCCCAUCCCCUCCUCCCUCCCCGGGACCCCCUUAAACUCUUCUUCCUCCUUCAACUCAGAGACUCGGUCCCAGCGCUCCUGCUUGGACUCCGUCUCGGUCUCCUGCUCCGGUUCUUCUCGAAGUCAUGGCAGGACCAGGGGGUUGGAGGGACAAGGAGGUGACAGAUCUGGGCCACUUACCGGAUCCAACUGGAAUAUUCUCACUAGAUAAAACCAUUGGUCUUGGUACUUAUGGAAGAAUCUAUUUGGGACUCCAUGAAAAGACGGGUUCAUUCACGGCUGUUAAAGUAAUGAAUGCCCGGAAGACUCCUUUGCCUGAAAUAGGAAGGCGGGUGAGAGUGAAUAAAUAUCAAAAGUCUGUUGGCUGGCGAUACAGUGAUGAAGAAGAGGAUCUCAGGACCGAACUCAAUCUGCUGAGGAAGUACUCUUUCCACAGAAACAUUGUGUCCUUCUAUGGUGCCUUUUUCAAGCUGAGUCCUCCUGGCCACAGGCAUCAACUUUGGAUGGUGAUGGAGCUAUGUGCAGCAGGCUCAGUCACUGAUGUAGUGCGGAUGACAAGAAAUCAGAGUUUAAAAGAAGAUUGGAUUGCUUACAUCUGUCGAGAAAUUCUUCAGGGCUUAGCUCACCUUCAUGCACACCGAGUAAUUCACCGGGACAUCAAAGGCCAAAAUGUGCUGCUGACUCAUAACGCCGAAGUAAAACUAGUGGAUUUUGGCGUGAGUGCCCAAGUGAGCAGAACAAAUGGAAGAAGGAACAGCUUCAUUGGUACACCUUAUUGGAUGGCCCCUGAGGUGGUUCAUUGUGAUGAGGACCCAAGAUGCUCCUAUGAUUACAGAAGUGAUGUGUGGUCUGUGGGAAUCACUGCUAUUGAAAUGGCUGAAGGGGCUCCGCCUCUGUGUAACCUUCAGCCCCUGGAAGCCCUUUUCGUUAUUCUACGGGAAUCUGCUCCCACAGUCAAAUCCAGUGGAUGGUCCCGUAAGUUCCACAAUUUCAUGGAAAAGUGCAUGAUCAAAAAUUUCCUAUUUCGGCCUACAUCUGGAAAUAUGCUUCUUCACCCAUUUGUUCAGAAUAUUAAAAAUGAACGGCACGUUGUGGACUCCUUGACAAAGCAUCUUACUGGAAUCAUUAAAAAGAGGCAGAAGAAAGGCAUACCUCUGGUCUUCGAAAGAGAAGCAGCUAUUAAGGAGCAGUGCACCACAAGGAGAUUCAGAGGACCUUCUUGCACUCCUGAACUUCUGAAAAUGCCAACUAGCAGCAAAUGCAGACCACUUAGAGUCCUGCAUGGAGAACUCCCUCAGCCAAGGUGGUUACCUGACCAAGAAGAGUCACGACUCCAAGCCCUUCAGCAACUGCAUGGGGCAGCCGGAGGGUUCAUGCCUCUACCUGCUCAGGACAAUCCACCCUUACAGAAGCAGGCUGAGGCACCACAGUGCCUCCAUGGGGCAGCUCAGGAGUUCAUGCCACUACAGGCGCAGGUUAAAGCUAAGAUACCUACACCUCUACUCAAGCAGAUUCAAGCACCUCCCCGACUAAAGAGAGCAGCUCGGGUGCUCAUGCCACUCCCUACUCAGGAUAAAGAGCCUAGUCCUCUAGAGGUACAGACUCCCACACCCAAACAACAGGAGGCCCAGUCUGAGCCCUUAGAAACAGGAGAGGCUAAAGAUUUGGACCAGGUGCCAGAAGAAUUUCAGGGGCAAGAUAGGGCAUCCGAACAGCAAAGGCAGGGCCAGGGUGCUGAUCAACAGCAGAGGCAGAAUCAGGUUCCAGAAGAGCAUCUGGACCAGAACAGGGCACCUGAGCAGCCAGAGGUGCGAGAACAGGCUGUCGAGCCCCCACAAGCUGAAAUUGAGGAUAAGGAACCUGAGGUACUCCAAGUGCAUGCCCAGGUGUUCCUGCCUUUAUUGUCACAGAACCAUCAUGUGCUCUUGCCUCUUCACUUGGAUACACAGCUGCUAAUUCCUGUAGGGGAACAAAAUGAAGAGUCACCUCCAGCACAGGCCUGGGCUCUGGAGGCCUCACAAGCUGUUGGCGCAGUUCAAGCACUGAUAGAGGGACUAUCAAGGGACUUGCUUCGAGCACCAAAUGCUUAUAUCUCAAAACCACUUGGUCCACUGCAAAUCUUAAUGGAGAAUUUGUCAUCAAAUGUGUUUUUCACUCAACCAGAACAGACACAGAAGAAAAAGUCAAAGGUUGCUAGUCUAAAGCAAGCACUGGCAAAAAGACUGUCACCCAAGAGGUUCAGGGCAAAGUCCUUAUGGAGAAUUGAGGAGUUUGAUCUUUCCGAUAUAGAAGCCAGCAGGAGACGGCGCCAGCGUAGAUGGGAGGACAUCUUUAAUCAGCAUGAAGAGGAAUUGAGACAAGUUGAAAAUGAUAAAGAAGAUGACUCAUCAGACAAUGAUGAAGUGUUUCAUUCAGUUCAGGCUGAAGUCCAAAUAGAACCAUGCGUUCCAAAUCCUACAGGAAAUGAGGCGCAAGAGAGUUCUGCUUCUAGGCCUGGCAACCGGAAUCGUAGACAUCGUGUGAAAUUUUCCUCAAGUGUCUCUGAGCAGCCUCUUUUCGAAGAAGUUCAGCAGCCCAUGGACAUCAGACAGAGGAGUUCCCUAAAUCCUCAGAAUUUCCAAGCAGCAUCAGAGUCAUCUUCUGAGGAGGAGAGUCCUGUGACUAGGAGGAAGUCCCAGUCAUCGCCACCUUAUUCUACUAUUGAUCAGAAGUUACUGAUUGAUAUCCAUGUUCCAGAUGGAUUUAAAGUGGGAAAAAUAUCACCCCCUGUAUACUUGACAAAUGAAUGGGUAGGCUAUAAUGCACUCUCUGAAAUCUUCUGGGAUGAUUGGUUAAUUCCUGCACCUGUCGUUCAGCCACCUGAAGAAGAUGGUGAUUAUGUUGAACUCUAUGAUGCUGGUGCUAAUACUGAUGGUGAUGAGGAAGCUUCUAACGAUGCUUAUGAAGAUAACUAUGACCAUGUCAAUGGCCAUGAUGACUUGAAUAACCAGGUUGAUCAGGCAAAUGUCUGUGAAGUCCGUGGUGAUGGUGACUACGAUGAUGAGUCUCUUCGUGGCAUAGAUGAUAAUCUGGGUGCUGUUACUAAUGGGCCAAGGGCAAGCUAUCGCAGAGAAGGAAUACUCAAGCAUGGUGGCAGAGGUGGAAGUAAAGGACAGUGGAGGGCUUCCGGAGCCUGUGGAAACGAUGCUGCUGAAGCCAGUGCAGCCUUUAGAAGCCAUGAUGGACAUGGAGCCAAUAGAGGUGCCAGAUACAGAGGAGUCAAUAGAAACAGGGAAGAGAAUGGAGCAUAUGGAUUCUAUGCAGAAGAAUCUCACUUACAGGAAGAUGGUGCAGGACUGGAUCAACAUAUAUUUCAGGAGUUUGAACGUGAGCAGGAGGAGUCAGAUGGUGGAACUGAGACCUCAGAUUCAAUUGCCUUGGAUAUCAGAUCCCUUGCACUUGAUGGUGAGAAUCCCAGUGACACAGCAGGGUCAUCAGCAACACUGGGUUUUCCUGUCAUCCACUCAUCUUCCGGAGGGUCUGCUUCUGCUUCUGAUACGGACACUGCGAGCGCCAACUCAUAUAACAAACCACUAAUCCAUGUGUACGAAAAGGAGUUUACGUCUGAGAUCUGCUGUGGUUCUUUGUGGGGAGUCAAUUUGUUGCUGGGCACCCGCUCUAAUCUGUACCUGAUGGACAGAAGUGGAAAGGCAGACAUCAUUAAACUUAUAAAGCGUAGACCAUUCCGCCAGAUCCAAGUCGUGGAGUCACUCAAUUUGCUGAUUACCAUCUCUGGUCGCAAGAACAGACUUCGCGUGUAUCAUUUGACUUGGCUGAGGAACAAGAUUCUGAAUAAUGAUCCGGAAAGUAAGAGAAGACAAAAGGAAAUGCUGAAGACAGAGGAAGCUUGUAAAUCUAUUGAUAAGUUGACUGGCUGUGAACACUUCAGUGUCCUUCAACAUGAGGAAACAACAUAUAUUGCAGUUGCUUUGAAAUCAUCAAUUCAUCUUUAUGCCUGGGCACCAAAAUCCUUUGAUGAAAGCACUGCUAUUAAAGUGAUAUGCAUUGAUCAAUCAGCAGACUCCGAAGGAGACUACAUGUCCUAUGAAGCCUAUAUACGAAUAUUGGCAAAAAUACAGGCAGCUGAUCCAGCGAACCGAUUUAAGAGACCAGAUGAGCUCCUUCAUUUGCUGAAGCUCAAGGUGUUUCCAACUCUUGACCUUAAGCCAGUGACAGUUGACCUGGCUGUUGGUUCUGAGAAAACACUGAAGAUUUUCUUCAGCUCAGCUAAUGGUUACCACAUCAUUGAUGCAGAAUCUGAAGUUAUGUCUGAUGUGACCUUGCCAAAUAAUAACAUCAUCAUUUUACCUGAUGGCCUGGGAGUUGGCGUGAUGCUCACCUUCAAUGCUGAAGCUGCCUCUGAGGAAGCAAAUGAACAACUCUACAAGAAGAUCCUUGAAGUGUGGAAAGAUAUACCAUCUUCCGCAGCUUUUGAGUGUACACAGAGACUGACCGGAUGGGACCAAAAGGCUGUUGAAGUGCGGUCCCUGCAGUCCAGUAUUCUCGAGAAUGAGUUGAAGCGCAGGUCAAUCAAGAAACUGAGAUUCCUGUGCACCCGUGGUGACAAGCUGUUCUUUACGUCUACAUUGAGCAAUCACCACAGCCGGGUUUACUUUAUGACCCUUGGAAAACUUGAAGAGCUCCAAAGAAGUUAUGCUGUGUGAAAGAUCCCAAUGACUUCCUCCACCAUUUACAUCCAUCACAUAUAUGCCAUUACAUCCCAAAACUCCAGUUUUAUCAUUAGAAAAAGUUUAAUCAGAGGCUUUUAAUGUAGCCCAUCAUAGUUUCAAUGAGAAGUACAGCUUUAUAAACAAACUUAACUAUAGCAAGCUCUAUGUACUCCAGUGGUGUACAAUAUCUUUUGCACGAACUUUGUAACUUUUGUUACUGUGAAUUCAGACAUUACUCUUAAGACAGUUUGGACAGUAUCUGUAUUCAGAUUUAUAUUAUGGAGUAUAGAAACCUGUUAUAAAUUACUUUACAAGCGACUUUCAAAUAAUUGGCCCUAAAUAAGCUUUUCCAAAGAAAAAAAUAAAUUAAUGUAGGUAAUUUUUUUCCAAGCAAAAUUAGAUUAAGAGAAAAAACAUAAGAAAUUUUAUAGCCUAGACUAAGGUUGAACAACCUGCAUACACAAGGAAAACUACAGUGAUCAAGGGGGAAAUGCCACCCAAUUCUUUUUCAUAAUAAACCCACAGUUGGAGACCAAUUGUGAUUCUUUUUGCCCAUUGUUAAACUGGUUUUCUCUAUAUAAGAAGAAAAGGAGAAAACCUCAGAUGUUUGGUUUCCCCUUCCAAAAGUCCCAAAUAUGUGCAAUAACUGUUUUACAACCUACUAAACAAUAUAUUUACUAGUUUGAAUACAGGACUGAACUCCAAUACACAUGUACUGUAGAGAGUUUUUUUUUUAAAUACUUCUAAGUAGGCGUCAAAUUCUGUCCCCAUGAUUGGCUGAGUUCUUAAUUUUAUUAUCUAGCUAUUACUAUGACCAUCAGACAGCACUGAAUAUUUUUCCAGUUCUACAUUAAACUAUAUAAAAUGCCCUUCCAGGUACUAAACAAAUCAAUGUGACAAAAUGAAAAGAACAUUGAUAGCUAAUACUUGCAUUUUCACAUUUCCAUCACUACAAACUGAAAUUUAAAAGUCAUCAAGUGAUAAUCUCAAAUUUAGUCAUUUGCUGUAAGUAAAUUACAAGAGAUUUAAAACAAUAACAUUGAUUGUAUAUCAAAGUCUGCAAAAUUAGACUUGUGAAAUUCAUGCCAGUCCAUACCAAGUAUUUUAUAGACGCCAAAAUAGGUGAUAUUUGAUCACCUAUGGUAACUGCUACCUGAUAAGAAAGCGUGAUUUAUACCUAUCCAUCCUCAAUGCCAUGGUUAGUUCUGGGGCGAGAGAAAAAGCCACAGAACCUACCACAAAGUAUACCUCAACAAGUCCUCUAGUUCUGCUUCUGAAAUCUGAAGCCUUUUAAACUACCUGGUUAACCAAAACAGAAAGCAGCUGACUGAGUGUGAUUUCCUGGCAGUGUAUCAUUUCCUGGAACCUUUGUGCCAGAAGUGAAGAUUUGCAUUUUUCAUCUGACUUCUAUCCAGAGUGCAGCAGCCCACUGUUCAGACUGUAGAAGAGCCUAAAUCCCCAGGUGACAUGUGGUUCCCGCUUCUGUUACUGUGACACGAUAAUGUGAUCCUAAAACUGGCUUAUGCUUCAAUGUUUACAAUUCAAAUUACUUUUUUAAGUUCAGUAGUUACUUUACAUAAACAAACUUUAAUGUCAAAUCAAUACCUUAGAAGUAGUUUUCUUUUUUAAAGAAAAAAUUUGUACACCAAAGGCCGUGGGGAACUUGGUGCAAGUACCUCAUCGCUGAGCAAAUGGAGCUUGCUAUGUUUGAAUUUCAGAAAUUUUUCUCAUUUAAGUAGUAUGUAGGAAAGUCUUUUAAGAAUUUUUCUUCUUCAUAUUUACUCAAAUAAGCUUAUAAUAAGUUUUAUCUUAAAAUCAUAUGUUUAAGGCAGUAAUACAUUAAAAAACAAUUUUAGCAACUCAUCUCCCAUUGCUCUCCAUGGCAAGUAUUCCAGCAAGCACAGGAAAUAGCAAACAGAAUCUCCAAAGUUUUCCCAAACCAACCACACAGGAAAGAUUAGCAAUGUACUGCUGUGCUUUGAAGGCUAAUGCGCUAAUAAGAAAAAGAAGUUUGACACCUAGCAAGAAAAAGGAAGCCUCGAGCAUUGGGCGCCAAGUAUGAACUAAUGAAAUAGUUGAAAUAGUUCACUAGUAAUAAAUGUCGCUAAUGAAUAUUUCCAGUUUAGGUGUACAUCUGUGUAAGAUCUAUGUAGCUUUUGGCAGGUGAGCCAGAAAAGUGGAACAAUGCCAUUUCAUAGUCUUUAUACUUUGUAGUAGAAGAAAUGACAUAUGUACUACACCUUGUAACAGUACCUAGAAGGCCCAGCAUAUUACAGAAGUGUGGAGAGGCACUCCCGAAGGCCAGUGUAACUAGGAUUCUUGUUGGAAGCAUGAAUAUUUUGGCAGGUUAUGAGCAGCACUGGUAAGAGUAUGGUUUAAUUUAAUGGUGGUUUGGUUUCUUUAAAUUACCAAAGCACUUGUAAUAAAAGAAAUUGUGCAAAAUGUUUUGAAAACAGUUCAAGAAUAGGACUGAUAGCAAAAUUUCUGAAUGGAUUAAUGGGUUCAAGCAAAGUAAGAUGCUAAGCGCAAGAAGUGAAAAUCAUCAAAGCAAUAAAAUAAGCAAAGCAGUAUCUCUCCUACACUUACAUCCCUUCACCCAAAUUUUAAAAUGCCAAAGAUUAAAUUCAUUUUGAGAUAAACUGAUAACUAGGUAAUGUUUUCUGCAAAGAUUCAUUAUUUGAAGGCUGGACAGAUAACUAGAUUAGUAAAGCCCAUGCCCUAUGGCUCUAAAUUCAAUCCCCAGAAAUCACAUAAAAAUUCCAGUAAUGGUAGUGGAUACUUUCAAUCCCUGUGCUGAAGAGAGUUAGAUCAGUAGAUCUCUGGAGCUUGCUUGCCAGCUAGUCUAAACUAAUUGGAGAGCUUCUGGCCAAUGGAGACCCUGUCUACAAACAGGUGGAUGGCAUUCCUGAGGAUGACACUGGAUGUUAUCUUCUGCUCUCUCUCUCUCUCUCUCUCUCUCCCCUCCCCUU